GGGGGGGGGGAAGAGUGCUCCUCGGGAUCCUGGCCUAGUAGUGCCGCCGCCGGGACUCCUGUCGCUCUCAUCCGCUGUCAAAAAUCCGGGAAUUGCCUCAUUUGUGGGGCACAAUGGAGGCGGCGGGGCUCGCGUGCAAGCUGCUCGACAUGGGAAUGGGAGGAACCAUGCCAGCAUGAGUGGGCCACAUGCAGGCCCAAGCCGGGAGUCCAGCCGCCCUAUAACCCCAGCCUGUGACCUCUUUCGCUGCCCCCUAUCCCACCAAAAUAACGACACCCGCCCCAUCAUGUCUGCCGCUGCCUCCUCCCUGCAGCGUGCGUCCAUUUACGGCUUUGCGCAGCGAGACCCCUCGCCCCCCUCAUCCACCUACAGCCCCCUUAGGAGACUACAGCAUCUCACCACCAUGGUGAGCCAGCCCGACCUGGUUCUACCCACCCGGCCGGGUAAAAGCUGGGAAUGGGGUUCUGAUCAGAAGGAGCGGGACUCUUGGGUCGACUGCACCGGCAGGGAUUACUACGGUGGCAGUUUUGGAAAACAAGCUGAGGUCCAAAAUGCUGGCUCUAAAGAGGAGCUAUCAGCGAGCUGUAGCAGUCCCAUCGUGUCAGAGAGGAAGACGGACGGUUGCUUCUCAUGCCCACCCAGCCCAGCCUUUUCUCUUGAUAGCAACAGCCCGUUUGCAAAUGGCCUCCUUCACUUUGAAUCCUCUUUGUUUGAGGAAGAGGAGAACAACGAUGGUGAGAAAGAGCAGCAGAACGAGACGUUCCUCGCCGUUGUAGACUCUGAAGAUAAACACAAGACUCCAGAGAAUGAGCUUCAGUCCGCCUCUGCGAACUUGCAGUCGGACUCCAAGGAUACAAAUGUUUCAUCAGCGAAAGUCAUCACCCGAUCCCAGUCGACGGGCUUUCGCCGAAGGUACUGGGAUGUUUCUGACGACGAGUGGGAGAGUGACAUGGAUCUCUUCCUUUUUGGUGAUAGUCCCUCCAGGCAUUUGAUGAGCGACAUGAAACGAAGCUCUGUGCCACCUGUCAAGUUCCUAGAGGGCGAGGUCAUUUGGGCAAAGUUCAACCGACGGCCGUGGUGGCCCUGUGAGGUGAUUGUUGACCCUGCGCAGGGAGUCUAUCACAGAGUGAAAGAGCCCAGCGAUCGGCCCUGUCGACUCUAUCACAUCAGGACUUUCGGGAACCCAGAAGAGAGAGCAUGGGUGGAGGAUAAAUCAACUCAUAUUUUUCAUGGAGGCUUUCAGUUUGAGCAGCUCGCGCAACUGCAUCGAAAGGGGAAGCAAAGGGGGCAGAACCACAAAUACACGAUUGCUAAACGGUAUGAGGUGUCUUGGAAAUUCGGUGUGGCUGAAGCCGAAACUAUUCUCCAGCAAAGACCCAACAUAGACUCUUUAACUAUAGAUAGUGCUUUCCAAGACAGUGCUCCAAUAGUGACAAAGUCCUGUCCACCUAAUUUGCCUUCUGCUCCACCUGCCUCCAAUUCUACAAAGAAUUCGCACACAAUCAAUGGAUCAAUAUCUUCCCAGAUAUCAUCCCCAGUAGAAAAUAAUCAAGGCACUUUAAAGAAGUCUGCUGACAAGAGGGAAGACGGUAACUCCUCAAAUAAAAAGAUCCAACAUGAUUGCCCCAACCAAUUGGAUAAGAAUGUAGAGUGCCCCUAUUCGGACCUUGACUCAGUCCCUAAGAUUUUGUGUCCUAAAGCACUUGAACGUCAAAUUAUGAUGACUCAGUCAUCUGCUAAUGUCCCCAAGGAUGAAAAGAAACAACCAGAGAUGCAAAGUGGUCUGUGGUUCAGUAAAUCGGGGAAAGACAGGCGACCUAAAACUGUUAGUCCAGAUCGGCCUGAUCAUACUCUUUUCAGCAAUGUGCUCAGUAAGAAAAAGACCUCUGCAGUUAAUAAAAACAUGAUAGCUCAAGGCGAUUCCGCCUCCUUCGUUGGGCAAGGUGACCAGUCUGGAUUGGUAAAUGCUGAAACAAAGCUUGUGUUUGAGCAGUCAUGGCAGUUGGACUCUAAAAACGUCAUUGUAGCUAAUAAACCUUUUGAAAGUCCUGCUGAGCUUUUGUCACAACACCAGCAGUUAAUGGAUUCUUCAGACCCUCUUGGAUUGUCACAAGUGCAAGAGUCUGUAAACUUUUCUGAACCUCGAGGACUUUCACAGAAUCAGGAGUCAGUGGGUCCUUUAGACCCUCAAGGAUUACUACGAAAGCAGGACUCUCAGGAUUUUUCUGACUCUCAAGUAUUGCCUCAAAAACAAGAGUCGGUGUCAUCUGACCCUCAAGAGGCAUCACAAAAGCAGCUAUCUGUGGAUUCCUCUGACCAUCAAGGACUAGCACCAAACCAUGAGUCGAAAAAUUGUUCUGACCUUCGAUGGUCUUCACAACAGCAUACGUCAGUGGUUUCAUCUGACCCUCGAGGAUUGCCUCAAAAGCAUAAGUCCGUGGAUUCUUCUGACUCUCGAGGACCAUCACAAAAGCAAAAAUCAGUGGAUUUCUGUCACCCUCAGGGAUCUUCACAAAAACAGAAUCCUGUCUCUUCUUCUGACCCUCAAGAAUUGUUCCAAAACCUGGAGUACAGGGAUAAUUCCAAAUCUCGAGGAUUGUCACAGAAGGAGGAGUCAGUGGAUUCUUUGGACCUUAGAGGAUCGUCCAAAAAACAGAAGUUAUUGCAUUAUUUUGGGCCUCAAGCAUUGUUACAAAAGGAGUCCAGGGAUUCUUCUGACUCGCGUACAUUGUCACAAAAGAAGAGGUCUGUGGGUUCUUCUGACCCUCAAAGAUUACCCCUAAGGCAGAAAUUUCUGGAUUCGUCUGAUCAUCGACAACUGUUGCAAAAGCAGAAAUCUGUGGAUUCCUUUGGCCCUCAAGGAUUGUCACAAAAGCAAAAGUUAAUUGAUUGUUCUGACCCUUCAAGAUCAUCGAAAAAUCAUACAUCAACAGAUUCUUUUGACCCUCAAGGAUUGUCACAAAAGAACUUUAGGGAUUCUUCUGACCGCAGAACAUUGUCACAAAAGCAGACGUCUGUGAACUCUUUCAACCGUCAAAGAUCAUCACAUAAGCAGGAAUCUAGGGAGUCAUCUGACCCUCGAGGAGCAUCACAAAAGCAGAAGUUUGUGGAUUCUUCUAACCAUCAAGCAGCACCAAAGCAGGUGUCCAGGGAAUAUUCUGAAUCUCGAGCAUUGUCUCAAAAAAAGAAGUCCAUGGAUUCUACUGAUCCCCAAAGAUUGUCACAUAAUCUGGAGUCCAGAGAUUGUUCUGACCCUCAUGGAUCAUCACGAAAGCAGGAGUUUGUAGAUUCUUCUGACCAUCGACGAUUGUCCCAAAAACAGAAGUCAGUGGAUUCUUUUGGUCCCCAAGGAUUGUCGCAAAAGAGGGAGUCCAGUGAUUUGUCUAACCCCCAAACAGUGUCACAAAAGCAGAAGUAUGUGGAUUAUUCUGACCUUGCAAAAUUAUCACAAAAGCAGUCUAGGCAUUCUUCUGACCCUCAACGAUCAUUGCAAAAGCAGGAGCUCAGGGAUUGUAUUGACUCCCAAGGAUCAUCUCAAAAGCAGAAGUUAUGGGAUUUUUCAAACCCUCGAGAAUCAUCCCAGAAUAACUCUGUGGAUUCUUAUGACUCUCACAGAUCAUCACAAAAGCCGGAGUCUGUGGAUACUUUUGACCCCCGAAGAUUGUCACAAAAGCAGAAAUCAGUGAAUUCGUCUCAAUCCCAAGGAUCAUCACAAAAGCAGAAGUCAGUGGAUUCUUCAGUCCCCCAAAGAUUAUCACAAAAGCAGCAGUCAGUGGAUUCUUCUGACCCACAAGGAUCGUUAAAAAAGCAGAAAACCAGGUAUUUGACUGACAUUAGAGGGCCAUCACAAAAGCAGAAGUCCAUGGAUACUUAUGACUCCUCCGGACUUUCACAAAAGCCGAAGUCCAUGGAUAGUUAUGACUCCUCCGGACUUUCACAAAAGCAGGAAUCUAGGGAUUCUUCUGACCCACGAGGAUUGUCACAAAAACAGGAGUCCAAGUAUUCUUCUGACCCUCGAGUUACGUCACAAAAGCUAAAGUCAGUAGAUUCUUCUGAUACUCGAGCAUCACAGAAGCAGGAGUCCAGGGAUUCUUCUGACCCUCGUGGAACAUCAUAUAAGCAGAGGUCAAUGGAUUCCGCUGAGGCCAGAAGAUCAUCACAUAAACCGAAGUUAGUGGAUUCUUCUGACACUCGAGUAUCAACACAAAAGCCAGAUUACAGGGAUUCCUCUGACACCCGAAGAUCGUCAGAAAAGCAGGAGUCGAAGUAUUCUUCUGACCGUUCUGUAACAUCACAUAAGCCGAAGUCAUUAGAUACACCUGAGCCCCAAAGAUCAUCACAUAAGCCAAAGUCAGUGGAUUCUUUUGACCCUCGAAUAGCAACACAAAAGCUGGCGUACAGGGAUUCCUCUGAUCCACGAGGAUCACAAAAGCAAGAGUCCAAGUAUUUUUCACACCCUAGAAUUUCAUCGCAAAAGUCUAGGGAUUCUUUUGGCCCUCGAGGAACAUCACAUAAGCAGAAGUCAGUGGAUUUGUCUGAGCGCCGAAGAUCAUCACACAAACAGAAAUCAGUGGAUCUUUUUGACCCUCAAGUAUCAUCACAAAAGACGGAGUACAGGAAUUUCUCUGACCCGCAAGGAUCAUCACAAGCGACUGUAGAAUCUUGCAGGCCCUCUAAGAAGUGUGGCUAUUCAAAGGGUCGGCAAAUUAUCCCUUAUUCUAAACACUCUGCCAAACAUUCUACUUCUCCGAGUAGCGCACAUGUUAAAAGGUUCAGCAAGAGGAUCAGUGUAAAGAGCAGUUGUCAACUUCAUCGUUGUAAAUUGAGGGCCAGUAAAAGGGUUGGUCUACGUAAUUGUUACCAGACAGAAGAAAGGGAAAGUAAUCCCAAAUCCAGUUUAAAUGAAGUAUCAACAGACCUGCAGGCAAUAUUAGACCUUCAGGAAGCUCUGAUUGCCAAUUGUCAACUACCUUUUGUUAAGCUGAUACGUGGAGACAUAAAUAUUAAGAAUUACUUGAAGUCUAAUGUAACUAUUUGUUGCAACGACCAAACUGGAUGUCCAAACAGUAAGGAACCCCCAAGAACAACAGUUGCUCACUCCUCCUCUGUGUCAGACUUGGUGGAUGGAGCAGCAAGUGUCUCUAAAAAUAGUGUAGACAAAAAUGUUUCCCAUAAUAGUGGAGACCAAAGUGUUUCUAGAAAUACUGAAGACAAAGGUGUUUCUGGAACUACAGAAGACAAAAGGGUUUCGGGAAAUUGGGAACACAAAAGGGUUUACGGAAAUAGUGAAGACAAAAGGUUUUCCAGAAACAGUGAAGACAAAAGUCUGUCCAGAAACAGUGAAGACAAAAGUGUUUCUAAAAUUAGUGAAGACAGAAAUGUUUUUAGAAAUAGUGAGGACAAAAUGGUUUCCAGAAAAAAUGAAGACAAAGGUAUGUCCAGAAAUAGUGAAGACAUAGUUUCCAGAAUUUGUGAAGACAAACAUGUUUCCAGAAAGCUUGAGGACAAAAGUGUUUUGAGAAAAAAUGAGGACAAAAGUGUUUCCAGAAAUGCUGUAGACAAACCUUUUUCCGUGAAUAGUGAACACAAACAUUUUUUCAGAAAAAAUGAGGAAAGGAAUAGUGAAGGCAAAAGUGUGUCUGGAAAUAGUGAAGACAAACGUUUUUCCAGAAAUAGUGAAGACAAAAUUGUUUUCACAACUGGUGAAAACAAACAUGUUUUCAGAAAAAAUGAGGACAAAAGCUUUUCUAGAAAACAUGAAGACAAAAGCGUGUCCAGAAGUAGUGAUGCCAAAAGGGUUCCUAGGAAUGCGGAAGACAUAAGGGUUUCUAGAAAUACAGAAGACAAAAAAAGUGUGUCCAAAAAUACUGAAGACAAAAUUGUGUCCAGAAAAUAUGAAGAUACAAUUGUUUCCAGAAAUAGUGCAGACACAAGUGUGACCAAAAAUGAUGCAGACAGUUCAGAAUCCCAGAUAACAUCGACAGAGACAGAAGUGAAGUGGGAGACUGGUGCCUCCAACAGUACAACCAUUUCUUUUGAUCUUUCACAAAGCUCACAGAAACAUGAGACUUUUGUCUCAAGCUUGGGGCGCAUCACAACCGCUGUGCCCUCUCAAUCUGAUAGAAAUUCAGUAUCUGGCAAUGUUCAAGUGCCCCAAGAGCCAUCAUUUCCUGAGACGAAUGCCCUUACAUCACAGCACGUCCCUAAUAAAUUGCCUGGAGUUCUACCACAAGAUCAGCCUGCCCAUCUUCCAGCCAGCAAUCGAUUGAUGACAAGAGCUCUGAAAACCAUGAAGGUGCUGCAAAAGCUGAAGUAUAGAAAAGCAAAAAAGAAGGCUGCUCAGAAAGAAUUCUUGCGUCGUAGCAAAAACCAGGCAGACCAUGAGUGCCAUUCUAAGAACUCCACUUUGAAUCCAGAAAGCAAUUUGGUUGUUUCCACUAAAGUAAAUACAGUCAAAUCCCAAUGUAGUGCCAUUUGUGCCUAUGAUCAGGACACUGUUUCCAGUUGUAAUACCCCUCCCUUGAUGUUUCAUGGUUCCACUGAAGUCAAAAGUGAAGAGGAAGUCCGUUCAGUAUCUUCAACGCCUCCAAUGGACUUCAUACCCCUCACCUCCAAUGUGAAGGUAAAGGAGGGGGAAUUAAGCAGCUCUUUAUCGUCGCCUCCCUCACAAUUUUCUUUUAUAAAUUCUUUGAAAAAUGUGAACGAGAUGUCCUUCCAAUCCUUGACCGACGAGGCUAACGGCAAAGCCCUCAUCUUCAAACCAGACAUGAACUACAAGUUCAGUACUUUUCUCAUGAUGAUGAAAGACAUGCAUGACACUCGAGAGCGAGACGGGGCUCCCUUAGAACUGGAGAUUGGACCGCCAAGUGCCCAUGUCAAAGAGGAGCCCUUGGUGAUGCCUGGAAUGACUGCACUCACGGGCCUAGAACAAGACAUUGUGAAUGAUGAUCCAGAUUUUGGUCCAUACAGGGACUCGAGUAAAAGUCACAUGUCCAAGAGGCCUUACAAGAGAAGGAGGAUGAAGAGUAAAGCUGACCUCAAAGUGCCUAGUCGUCCUGCCAGGUCUGGACCUGGUUACCCGGGUGUGGGGUCCUUUCUAGGAAUUGACUUAUCCUCAGUGCUGGAUUACUCGACGAAGGUCCGAUCCCUGUUGGAUGUGCAGGCCUGCCACUGGGACUCACAGGCCGGGAGCGAUGAGGGCUUGUUGAGGUGGGGCGGAGACUUUGAACAGAUGAACAGCUUUGUCUCCAAUUGCACCGAAGCCAAAACCAGCCUGCCCUGCAACACCGGGGAAGGCGAUGACGAUUCAUCGGCUCAUAAACGAAAACGGAAACCAAGCAAGAGGCUCCUGGAAUGGACUGAAGAGUACGACGAAAUACUUUCCUCAAGGAAGAAGACCAAAAAGACUCUUCCGACAAUUACAAUGGACAACCAGACGCUUUCAUCUCAACCACCCAUUUUGGACAAGAACGCUCUCGAGCCCCCGUCCCUGAACGCGCUUCCUGAAAUGCAGACUCCACCUCCAGAGGAAAUCACCCUCACUACCGAAUUCCAAAUCCCCAGCGCUGAAAACCCGUCGCCGCAGGAAGCGCAGGCGCUUUCCAUCGACACAUUGACCCCGCCUCCCGAGGCCGAAGCGGAACCGCCGCCGAUUAAAGGCCUUGCCGGCGGCGGCAAUGCUCCUUUGCUGCAGAAGAAGCGGAAGCGGAAACCAACUCCGAAGAUCUUGCAGUAUUGUCUUGAAGCCGAGGCCUCAGUGGGCCCGAAAAAAAAGAUCAAAAUUGUGAAGAACAAUUCAAUUGCUGCUCAUCAAACAGGAAAACGCCACUUGACCUCCCUUGCAGCUUAUCCAGAUCCUGAUCCUUUAAAACCAAUGAGCCCGGUAGUCUCCACAUCAUCACCCGCCUCGUCCACAGGGACCCACCCGACUCCCUCCAGCCUUCCUGGUUCCCCCGUGUUGGGACCGGUGAUAUCUGAACAGGCGGAGGACAUGCCUGCAGACGUCCACCUUCCUCAAGCAGAAGACAAUUACAAGUACACAACAGAGUCAGAGGGGGAAGCCUCCAUGCUGGACCAGAGCUUCUCCUCCACGAGAGACGACUCAUCGCUGUGUGAUGAGGCACUCGGACCCUGCAGGAGGAUCAUCGGGGACCGAGGGGGCCCCGCCUCCUUGAAGGAGAACGUGUGUCAGGUGUGUGAGAAGACAGGGGAACUGCUGCUCUGCGAGGGUCAAUGCUGCGGCGCGUUUCACCUGGCCUGCAUCUCCCUGGCCGAGGCCCCCAAAGGGAAGUUUGUGUGCCCUGAAUGCAAGUCGGGCAUCCACACCUGCUUCGUGUGCAAAAAGCGCAGCGAAGACGUGCGGCGCUGCAUGAUCCCUGUGUGCGGAAAGUUCUACCAUGGGGAGUGCAUUGCCGCCUACGCGCCCACUGCGCCCGUCAGCCGCGGCUUCCGCUGUGCCAUCCACGUCUGCCUCACCUGCUUCAUCGCCAACCCGGGCAGUUCCUCCAUCUCCAAAGGUCGUCUGGUGCGGUGCGUGCGCUGCCCGGUGGCUUACCAUGCCAACGACCUGUGCAUGGCGGCCGGCUGCGUGGUUCUCUCCAACAAUAGCAUCAUAUGCCCCAACCACUUCACGCCGCGGCGCGGUGUCAAGAAUCACGAACAUGUGAACGUCAGCUGGUGUUUUGUGUGCACCGAAGGGGGCAGUCUGCUGUGUUGCGAGUCGUGCCCAGCGGCCUUCCACCGUGAGUGUCUGAACAUGGAGAUGCCCAAAGGCAGCUGGUACUGCAACGACUGCAAGGCUGGCAAGAAGCCCCGAUACAAGGACAUCCUGUGGGUCAAAGUGGGACGCUACAGGUGGUGGCCCGCCGAGGUGAGCCACCCCAAAAGCAUCCCGGAGAACAUCCAGCGCAUGAGGCACGACGUGGGCGAGUUCCCCGUGCACUUUUUUGGCUCCAACGACUACCUGUGGACCUACCAGGCGCGCGUCUUCCCCUACAUGGACGUGGACGCAAACAGCAAAGAGAAGAUGGGCAAAGGCGUGGACGCCACAUAUAAGAAAGCUCUAGAGGAGGCGGCGGUGCGGUUUCGCGAGCUUCAGGCCGAGAAGGAGCUCCGGCAGCUUCAAGAGGACAGGAAGAACGACAGGAAGCCGCCGCCGUACAAACACAUCAAGGUGAACCGGCCAAUAGGAAAGGUCCAGAUCGUCACGGCCGACCUGUCGGAAAUCCCGCGCUGCAACUGCAAGGCGACGGAUGACAGCCCGUGCGGCAUGGACUCGGAGUGCAUCAACCGCAUGCUGCUGUAUGAAUGUCACCCGCAGGUUUGCCCGGCCGGCGAGCGCUGCCUCAACCAGACGUUCAGUAGACGUCAGUACAGCCAGGUUGAAAUCUUCAGGACGCUGUCUCGAGGCUGGGGGCUCCGCUGCGUGCACGACAUCAAGAAGGGUCAGUUCGUGAGCGAGUACGUCGGGGAGGUGAUCGACGAGGAGGAGUGCAGGACCAGGAUCAGACACGCCCAGGAGCAUGACAUCUGUAACUUCUACAUGCUAACACUCGACAAGGACCGCAUCAUCGACGCCGGUCCGAAGGGAAACGAGGCUCGCUUCAUGAACCACUGCUGCCAGCCCAACUGCGAGACGCAGAAGUGGACGGUGAGCGGCGACACGCGCGUCGGGCUCUUCGCGCUGCUGGACAUCCCGGCUGGCACUGAACUCACCUUCAACUACAAUCUGGAGUGUUUGGGCAACGGCAAGACGGUGUGCAAGUGCGGGGCGCCCAACUGUAGCGGCUUCCUCGGCGUGAGGCCCAAGAACAACCCGCCGUCGGACGACAAGGGCCGCAAGCUGAAGAGGCGCGGCCACGGCAGGCGGAAGAAGAAGGUGGUGGUGACCAAAGAGCGCGAGGACGAGUGUUUCAGCUGCGGGGACGGCGGCCAGAUGGUCUCCUGCAAGAAGCCCGGCUGCCCCAAAGUCUACCACGCGGACUGCCUCAACCUCACCCGGAGGCCCGCCGGACGCUGGGAGUGUCCGCGUCACCAGUGCGACAUCUGCGGCAAGGAGGCGCUGUCCUUCUGCGAGAUGUGUCCCAGCUCCUUCUGCGCGCAGCACCGCGACGGCCUGCUCUUCAUCUCCAAGCUGGACGGCAAGCUGUCCUGCACCGAGCACGACCCCUGCGGGCCCGACCCCCUGGAGCCCGGGGAGAUCCGCGAGUACAACCCCCAGCCUCGGGCCUUAACGUCGGGCUUGGGGAUGGCCGUCAUCACCCCUUCCUCCUCAUCCUCCGACGGCGCCGCCACACCGGGCAUCCCCGCCGGUGCGCCCCCCACCCCCAGGAGGGUCCAGGACGUCAGCCAGGAGUCAUUUGCCACCUUUUCCAUCCCGGUGCCCAUCACCGUUUCCGUGCCGGCCGGUCUGCCUCCCGCGGGCGGCGCCGUGUUCGACCUACCGCAGUACUCGCCCAUCUCCUCCUACGAGGAGGAGAGGGACGUCCUGGAGGAGGACGAGGAGGACCUGCUGGAAGAAGACGAGGACGACGACGAGCAGGCUCUGGAAUACCUUGAGAUCAGAGAUGAUGACGACGAGGAAGAAGAGUGACUCGGUGAAUUGUGAAUAACGACUUUACCAAGGCACACUAGUGUGUCGUUAAUUCUGUUACAGGAAGCACUCGUGACACGCUCGGACCCUUUGCACACACGCUCACUUGCGACAGCUGUAGAAAAUAAACAUUUCAUUCGCACGGUGUUCCACCAUUACCUCAUUUCAAGCCGCAUCCGCAAUUGCCGGCCACAAUAUUAGGUACACCUCAUGAGCGUCAAUAUGAGAGCUGUAGCCACAAUAUUCUGCCUUUUACACAGAUAAUACUGUAGAUAACUCGAGUUGGGCGAGUACCGAUAUCACAUAUUGGUAUCGGGCCGAUACCGGACUUAUUUCAAGCUAUCAGAUACUCGUGGAGGCUGCCCACACCAGAUACUGAUACUUAAGCAAAAAAAAAAAAAUCUGACAUCGGGUAAGUCGGUGCCUGUGGUGGUUUGACAAAUUGGCCAAUCAUGUGGGUCAGAAAGAGAGGCUUUUGUCCACAGUUACUGUGUAUAUCAUUGUAUUAAUUGAAAUUUUAUAUAUCAGAAGUACUAGUAUUGAUACUUAAUCGGUGAGUACUGAAGAAUGAAUACUGAAAAAAAGUGAUUUCAGGCAUUACUAUAUUUGGCUAAACAAUCCAGUAGUCAUGUCCUGGAAGGUUGGCGCCCUCUGCUGAAUCUGGCUGGUUACUGCACCAUUUGGCCCCCGAUGCAAAUUUGGGUUCAUUGUUAAAAAUGUGACCGAAACAUUUUGGUGUAAAUUAGUUGUUUUGUGUAAUCAUGCUAACUAAAUUAAAAUAAUUAAAUCAAACACAUGAACAAAACUACGAUCAAAACAAUACCUCUUGCACUCUGCACUUAGUGGAGGUCUUAAUACUUACUGUUAAAUGAUUACGAGUUGUUCAUGUAACAUUUUCAUUUUCUGAUUUUAUUCAUGUAUAUAGAAUAAACAUUUUUUGAUUGUAGUUUUUAGAAUAACUUAUAAUUAACUCCUCUGCCAGCCAUUUUCUAAGUAUUUCCAGUAUCGCCAGUCGUUUUCGAUCACUGACUGAUGUUUCAAGACUCACAGAAUAUUGCGUUCUGUGACAUAAACAUGAAAACUACCAAAAGAAAGAGUAGGCUCUUCUUUCACCAGAACAAAACAGUUUGUUUGUAGCUUUUUCCGUUCUUUAGUAAUCAGCAGUAAAACAUGAACUGGUUUCACCAGAAACACCGGUUUCUGACCAAAAAGCAGAAAGAAAAAAAACUUUGUGAAAAGAAAUGUCAAGCAAAACGGUGACUUUGAUGCUAAUGUUUUGCUUUUGUGACACCUCAACCUAUAAACAAAAAUAAGACGGGGCUUUUAAUAGCAAAAUAAUAAUUUAAAGCUAUAGAGCUAAGAAAUGCACCGUGAGCAACGCUGACUCAGCGCAUGGCUCAAGUUAAACGUCAUUUCAUCAGGCUUUUUUUUUUUUUUGACAUGGCGUUCGCCAUUCACUCUAUGAACUGCGUCAUCUUUUCUCACAAUGGCAACUCGCCCGACUUCCAACGUGGUCACAGUGAUAGAAAGCCGCCAUCUACAGGAAUCUGUUAGUCAUUGUGUUAAUUUGAAAACCUGAAUUUUACACACAAGCUGGGCGAGACCUCCUCUUCCAUGCCUACCCGUUGGGAAAAAAAUUGACAAAUAUAUACGUCGGUGGCAGUAAAUGGUUGGUAUCCCACAGAUUGCGACAAAGUGUGUAAAGGCAAGAGUUUUUGACAGCUUUCAUAUUGAAUCUCACACGUUCACUUGGUAAUCCACUUGGUUUGAUCGCUGAGUAGUGCGUCACAGUCAGUCAGCCUCUACUGGACUCAGCCCGUCAUUCUGGACUUGUCGUUUCCUGUUUUCUGUUCUGCUGGACACUUGUUGCUUCCUAAGACGACAGCUACAGGCGGACAUUUGGACCACUGGACCAAUCACGGGGCGCUUUCGACGGGGCUUCAACGUUUCCCCUUCGAUGUGAAAGUGAUGUACCACGGGUGCAUCACAGGAUCAUGACAAAGGACAUUUCUCGGAAUGUGGGGCAAGGGUAGAUUUAAAAAAAAAAAAAAAAGAGAGAGAGAAAAAAUACAACUUAUGGACAAAGGUAAUGGGACACAUCCCUUAAUUUAUUGUUGACGGGUUGGACCAGACCCCUUUUAAUUCCAAUCAUCCCUUUUGUGCUUUUCAUUAUUAGGGUCAAGGGUGAGCUGGAGCCUUUCUCAGAUGACUUUUGGCAAGAGAAG